AUGCUGUUUAUAGGGGUAGAUGUUGGAACAGGAUCAGUAAGAUCUUGUUUAAUUACAAGUAAUGGGGAAUCAUACACAGCAACAAAAAAUAUUAGUAGAGUUUCAAAUUCAAAAUAUUCAAAUUUCAUCACUCAAUCUACUGAUGAAAUCUUCUUAUCGGUGAUUCUUACCAUCAAACAAGUUAUUGAAUUAUCUCCUAAAAAUGAGCAAGUUAAAGGUAUAUCAGUAACUGCGACUUGUUCGAUGGCGGUAUUUGAAGUAGAUCAGAGUAGUAAAGAGAAUCGAUUAAUUCCAUAUGCUUGUGAUUACGAUGGCUUGGAUUCUCUGCAAAAUAUCAUUUUAUGGAUGGACUCAAGAGCAUUAAAAGAAUGUAAUGAAAUUAAUGGAAUAGUCUCUAAAUCAAUUUUGAGUUCAGUAGGUGGGUCAUAUAUUCCAGAAAUGGGACUUCCCAAGUUAAAAUGGUUAUCACAAAAUAAUCCUCAAGAGAAAUUUAUAGUGGCUUUUGAACUUCAUGAUUGGAUCACUGCUAAAUUACUUUCAGGAGAUCUAUGUUUACAAUCUAUAUCAAUAUCUAAGAAUAUAUCCAACAAUAUAAGGAAUGGUACAAUUGAUGGAUCAAUAUUGGGAUGUGAUUUGGAAACUUUACAAGCUUUAAAAAUCACUGAGAAUAAUAUUUUCAUUGGUAGUGCUAAUAAACAACCAAUUAAUGAGUUUCUAGGUACAAAUUUAGGAUUUAUUAGCAAAGAUUUGUAUGAAACCUUCCCUUUGGGAGUUACUCUGGAAACGAUUAUUGUUUCUGGAUGUAUAGAUUGUUAUGCUGGUUGGAUAUCGACUAUUAUGGAUCCUGUACAAUUUUCAAAUCCAAUAUAUAUGGUUGCAGGAACUUCAACAUGUUUCUUGUUGCCAGCCAUUUCUGAAACCAUAGAUAAAACCAAUCUUGUGAAGGGAGUAUGGGGCCCAUUCUCACAAUUCUUACCAGAUAUAUCAUUGUACCAAAGUGGACAACCAGCUACUGGGAAACUAUAUGAAACUCUAUUUAAUGAAUAUGAAGAAUUAUUACUCAAAGAAGAUGGUUCCCCAUUUGAAGUUUUAGAGAGAGAAACCUUAAAAUUAGAAAGAGAUCAUAACCAAUCAAUAACUUAUUUACUUCGAAAUUAUCUUUAUUAUGGCGAUCAUUUUGGAAAUAGAUGUCCAUAUAAUGAUCCAUUAAUGGGGUCAAUGAUGAUUGAUGGGUUUAAUUCUACUUCGGGAUUACCAUCAGUAUGGGAGAGAAGUCUUGUUGGAUUAACAAUAAAAUAUAAUUUGAUACAAGAGUUUAUAUGUUUACAAACUCAAGAAAUUAUUACAAAUAUGUCAAAGUCCAAUUGCUUAAUUGAUACAAUUAUUAUUAGUGGAUCACAAUCUAAAAAUGAGAGAUUUUUAAAGUUAUUGGGGAAAGUUACCAAUAAAAAAAUAUUUAUUGGAGAUAAAGAUGGGGAAUCGGAUACUGUGGUCGCUAAGGGGGCAGCAUUAUUGGCCAAAUUAGGAUCAAUUGGGGGAGUUUUAACCGUAUCGACAGUUUCUAAGUAUAAACAGAAAUUCGUCAAUAAAUCAAUAGACGAAGAAGUACCUGAAUAUUAUCAACAGUACCCGUCUAACUCUAUUCAAAAUUCUUCAGAUAGUUCCAUUCUAAAAUUGAAAGGAGAAUUUUUAAAGGAAAUGGCCCACUUACAAAAUAGAUUUAGAUCAAAAAUUAAUUCAUGUAUAUGA